ACUGAUGGCAGCGAUCCGACGCCGACGUGGGCGCCAUCGGACACAUGCACUGAUGAUGCUUUCGCCAACAUCAAAGUUCCACCUGUGCUGAAUAGUUCAGCUCAGACCUACUCGAUUCAAACGGUGUGCUGUGCUGAAGAUGUCUGCAGUCAGCAGAUCGAGCUAAUGAAUUACGAUGACUACGUCGUUAACUACGAUUCGUUGGCACCGCUACAGAACGAGACGGACAAGGCGAAUUUCACCUACGCGCUGGUUGGCUUGAUGAAACAGUUCGCUCAGCCAAGCACAAAGUGUCUCUACAAUACCAUAGUGCUGCUAACAAAUCGAAUAUUCGUCACCGAUCAGGAAAUGCUUGGAAAGGAUGUGGCGAAUAUCGUCAAUUACGGUUGCAUUACGUUCACUGUGAUCGCUCUCGGCAAUACCGGAAUCACCCAAGACAUGAUGUAUCAAUACUACUCAUCAUAUACCCAACGCCUCUUUAUCGUGCCUGGUUAUAACUGCAUCACCAAACUAGACAAAUGCAUUCGACCGUGCGGUGCCGAGGGUGCGAAUGACUGUCAGAACGAGCAGUUGACAACAUGCCCAUUUCCAACAACGACUACAAGACUAAUUUCGACCACAACAGAACCAUCAACAGUUUCC